AUGGUGUAUGAUGGAAACCCUGUCUCUGAUCCACAGGAAGUGUGUGAGGCGUUUGUCACGUUCUUCUCUUCUGUCUUUUCUCACACUACAGAGCAGGUUCGUAACUACCAGUUCUCAUCUCCUUUUACCUUUAACGGUCUGCUAUUUGCGGAGGAUGAGGUCUUUAAGGCUAUGGGAGGGCUUGAUGGGUCAAAAGGAUGUGGCCCAGACAUGAUCCCUCCAAGGGUUUUGAAAUAUUGCAGAGUUCUGCUAUGUGGACCUCUUACCGCCAUGUUCAACAAAUCAAUAAGUACUGGUACCUUCCUUGACGUGUUGAAGGUUGGCUAUGUGAUUCCAAUCCACAAAUCAGGACACCAGGAGAACGUUGCCAACUAUCGGCCCAUUGUUAUCCAACCAGCGCUAGCAAAACUAUUUGAGAAACUUAAAUAG